GCCGCAACUGCCCUGGGGCUCUGGCGAUUGCUGGGAGCUGCUAGGUGGUGGGCACCGCCUCUCCUCCCGGAGGGAGCGAGUUGGCAGAUGUGCAUCCGGAGGUCCUUGGUCGGCCUCACCUUUUGUACCUGCUUCCUGGCUUCUUACCUCACGAACAAGUAUGUCCUGUCUGUCUUGAAAUUUACCUACCCUACAUUAUUCCAAGGGUGGCAGACAUUCAUUGGCGGACUUUUGCUCCAUGUGUCAUGGAAACUGGGCUGGGUGGAGAUUGACAGCAGUUCAAGAUCUGAUGUUUUGAGGUGGCUUCCUGCGUCAGUGCUGUUUGUGGGUAUAAUCUAUGCUGGGUCCAGAGCUUUGUCCAGACUGGCCAUUCCUGUGUUUCUUACUUUGCAUAAUGUAGCUGAAGUUAUCAUCUGUGGGUACCAGAAGUGUUUUCGGAAGGAGAAAACGUCUCCUGCAAAGAUCUGUAGUGCCCUCUUCCUCCUGGCCUCUGCUGGAUGCCUUCCCUUCAACGACUCCCAGUUUGAUCCAGAUGGAUAUUUUUGGGCUAUAAUUCACCUAUUCUGUGUAGGGGCUUAUAAAAUCCUGCAGAAGUCCCAGAAACCCAGCACAUUAAGUGAUACUGACCAGCAGUACUUAAACUAUAUGUUCAGUGUGGUGCUCCUGGUGUUCGCCUCUCAUGCCACAGGUGAUCUCUUCAACGUCCUGGACUUCCCAUUCCUGUAUUUCUACAGAUUCCAUGGCAGCUGUUGUGCCAGUGGGUUAUUAGGAUUCUUUCUCAUGAUCAGUACCAUGAAGCUAAAAAGCCAGCUGGGCCCAGGGCAGUGUGCAGCCUGGAUUUUCUUUGCUAAGGUAGUCACAGCUGGUUUCUCGAUGUUGCUGUUUGAGGUGAUCCUGACUAGAUCAACUGUGGGAUGCCUCCUGCUUGGUGGACUUGGAGAGGCCUUGCUGGUUUUCUCAGAGCAGAAGGGCUCAUGAAGAAUAUGUGUCGAAAAAGGAGACUCACAGGCUGCCAGCUGGAGGGCACAGCCUCUGGCCUCAUGGCUCCCUGCCGAGCAUCUCAGAAAAGAAUACAAGGAGAGCGAGACCACGCCCGGAUCCCAGGUGGGCAGAGCCCGUGACUUACUUGCACCCAGACCGAGUUGACUGUGGUGGUGGGCAAUGGCGCAAAGGUCCUGCUGCUUCCAGUUGUGUGAAGGAGAACUUUCUGGGGCCCCGGCUUCUGCACAGGAAUGUUUCAAGUUAGGUCUUUCCACCCGGAGGACCUCUCUCUGCCACAUGGCACCCAGUUCUGCAGAAACAAGAAAUAAAAUAUCUCACCGGA